AUGUAUGUUGUGGAUUAUAGUGAGGAGAAUGAGGGUUACCGCUGUUUCCAGGCCGACCCGGGCAUUGGUACUGCUGCGCUAGGUGCUUGUGAGGCUGCUGCUCUAGGUGCCAGUGCGUCUGCGCUCUCAGGUACUGGUGAGACUGCGCUCUCAGGUGCUGAGUCGUCCUCGUCCUCCCUCACUUUCACACUUGACUCCGGAGCUUCUCGCUCCUUCUUUCGAGACCGCACUACCCUUUCGCCGCUCGACAGGCCGGUUGCGGUCUCCCUUGCUGAUCCCUCUGGGGGUCCUGUCCUGUCUCACUUCUCCACUGUCCUCCCGUGUCCGGCUGCCCCUUCGGGCACCCUGUCGGGUCUGUACCUUCCCUCGUUCUCUACGAACUUGGUGAGUGGAGCAGACCUGCAGGAUGGGGGUGUUCACCAGUUCACUCCUGCGCGUCAGCGGGUGACCCACUGCACGGAGGCUCGCACAGGCCGACACCUGGCCACGUUCUCGCGUCGGCCGGGGUCGAGUCUCUACACCCUGACCGUUGAGUCUCCUCCUGUCCCUGCGUCUGGUCAGGUGGCUGCGUCGGGUCAGGUACUUGCUGCUGCGUCCCGGUCAGGGCCAGGACCUUCCUGUGUCCCCUGUGUCGAGGGUCGCCUCCGGGCUACUCCUCACUCCUCCCACUUCCCCCCGACAGAGGCUCCCCUGCAGACGCUUCACAUGGAUGUGUGGGGCCCAGCCCCCGUCCGUGGGCAGGGUUACGAGCGCUACUUCCUGUUGGUGGUUGACGACUACUCGCGUUACACCACAGUCCUCCCCUUGCGCAGCAAGGGUGCGGUCACUGAGGUGCUGAUCGACUGGAUCCGCGAGGCUCGUCUCCAGCUCAGGAAGAGCUUCGGCUCGGACUUUCCUGUUCUGCGUCUGCACUCUGACAGAGGCGGAGAGUUCUCUUCUCGCCUUCUGCGAGACUACUGUCGUGCACGGGGGAUCCGCCAGACCUUCACGCUUCCGGACUCACCACAGCAAAAUGGGAUUGCUGAGCGCCGCAUUGGCAUGGUCAUGGAUGUCGCUCGUACGUCCAUGAUGCAUGCGGCUGCCCCCCAUUUUCUGUGGCCGUUUGCGGUGAGGUACGCGGCGCAUCAGCUCAACCUUCACCCCCGGGUCUCUCGGCCUGCGAUGUCCCCAGCCUUGCUGUGGACGGGGAAGGUUGGCGAUGCGUCUGUGUUCCGUGUCUGGGGAUCUCGGGCGUUUGUACGCGACUUGUCUGCGGACAAGCUGUCCCCCCGUGCUGCUCCCUGUGUCUUCCUUGGCUUCCCCACUGACGCCCCAGGGUGGCAGUUUUACCACCCCUCCUCUCGUCGUGUUCUGUCCUCCCAGGACGUCACGUUCGACGAGUCAGUCCCCUUCUACCGUCUCUUCCCCUACCGCACUCCUUCCCUCCCCCCUCCCCCGGACUUCCUUGUGCCGGUUCCCCCCCCGGUAGACCCCCUCCCCCCUCAGGUUCCUGCCCCCUCAGGUGUGUCCCAGGUAGACGCCGUUGACCCGGUCGAGGUUACUGGUGACUCUGGUGCUGCUGCGGGUGCUGAGCCUGGGGGUGCUGACUCUGGGGGUACUGUGCGCGGGGGUGCUGGGCCUGGGGGUGCUACUGCGGUGGGGGCGGAGCCUGGGGGUGCUGAGCCGGGGGGUGCUGUGACUGGAGGUGCUGAGUCUGGGGGUGCUGAGUCGGGAGCUGCUGAGCCUGGGGGUACUGAGCUGGGAGCUGCUGAGCCUGGGGGUGCUGCGCCUAGAGCUGCCGAGCCUGGAGUUUCUCCUGCUGCUGCGUCUCGCCGGGAGCCCCUCUCUCCACCGGAGCUGCGCGAGUGGUUCGCUCGCCGCUGGAGGCGUGCUGCUGAGUCUAGAGGUGCCGCUGGAGCUGGAGCUGGAGCUUCUUCGACCGUCGAGGGUGCGGGUGCUGCCGGUCCCGGAGCUGCUGGACCUGCGGGUCCUCCUGGAGCUGGAGCUGCUGAGGGCGUUCGUGCUGAGCCUGCUGCUGUUGGUCCUGCCGCUGGAGGUGUGGGUGGCGCUGGUGCUGUCGCUGAGGGUGCUGGUGCUGUCCCUGUUGAGUCUGGAGCUGCCGCGCGGCCUCGGCCGUACUUCGUUCAGCUCCUGCAGCAGUUUCUUGGUCUUUCUCCUCCAGUAGAGGGUCCACCGCCUGUCCACUCGCAGUCCCUACUGGAGCCUUCCUCUCCACUGCCUGCUCCCUCUCCUUACACUGGUCCUACCGGAGGUCUUGCUGAGCGUCGUGAGCCUGCGUCUUGUCCCGCGUCGCCUGUUCGUGCUGCUCGCGCUAGUGGUCGCGGUUCGCGUCAGCGUCCUCCUCCUGUCCCUGGCACGCACAGGAUGUCUCUGCGUCCGUCCACUGCUCCUCUGCGUGCCCCUUUGCCUUCUCCUCCUGAGUCCUCUCUUCCUGCGCUUGCUGACCCUGAGUCGGACUCUCUUCGCGCUGCGAGUCCUACUGUCACGCGUCUGCUUGCUACUGUCGUCACUGACCCCUCUUUUGAGUCCACUGCUGCGUCUGCUCUGGUCGCUGAGCUCGUCGACUUUGCUACUCGUUGUCGUCUUGACUACGCUGCUAGUCUUGUUGCUGAGUCUGUGUCUGUCUGUCCUCCGUCCGUCGGGGGUGAGUGUGCUCUUGGCACGGACGUCCUAGAGGACAGGCAGGAGGAGUUACAGUGUCUAGCGGCUGCUUCACCUCAUCUCGCGUCUGUACUGCUUGCCCCUGAGGGAGACCCGGAUGCACUAGACAUCCCGACUCCGCGUUCUUACGCGGAGGCCGUAGAGGGUCCCUACUCCUCUCAGUGGCAGGCAGCUAUGGAUGCAGAGAUGGCUUCCUGGAAGUCCACAGGCACCUACGUUGACGCAGUUCCCCCUCCAGGGGCGAACAUCGUCAGUGGCAUGUGGAUCUUCAGGGUGAAGCGGCCGCCGGGCUCUCCACCUGUCUUCAAGGCACGGUACGUUGCUCGUGGCUUCAGUCAGCGGCAGGGAGUUGACUACUUUCAGACCUUCUCUCCCACCCCGAAGAUGACCACUCUUCGGGUGCUGCUGCACAUAGCCGCUCAGCGCGACUACGAGCUUCACUCUCUCGACUUCAGCACUGCGUUCCUGCAGGGUAGCCUGCACGAGGAGAUCUGGCUGCGCCGUCCGCCUGGCUUCACUGGGACUUUCCCUCCUGGCACCCAGUGGAGCCUCCGACGGCCAGUCUACGGUCUCCGCCGGGCACCGCGUGAGUGGCACGACACACUGAGGACUACGCUUGCGGCUCUUGGGUUUGCUCCUUCUACUGCUGACCCGUCGCUGUUUCUUCGCACCGACGCUUCCCUGCCGCCGUUCUACAUCCUCGUGUACGUCGACGACUUGGUCUUUGCCACAGCGGACACUGCUGGACUCGCCUACGUGAAGUCCGAGCUGCUGAAGAGACACACGUGCACAGACCUGGGUGAACUGCGCAGCUACCUUGGCUUGCAGAUCACUCGGGACAGAGCACGCCGCACCAUCACCUUGACUCAGUCACACAUGGUGCAGCAGGUCCUUCAGCGCUUCGGCUUCACGUACUCCUCGCCUCAGGCCACUCCUCUGCCUACUCGCCACUCACUCUCAGCUCUGCCUUCGGAUGAGUCCGUAGAGUCGAGUGGUCCGUAUGCAGAGCUUGUUGGCUGCCUCAUGUACCUGAUGACCUGCACACGACCUGACCUCGCAUACCCUCUGAGCAUCCUUGCACGCUAUGUUGCUCCUGGGAGACACCGACCAGAGCACAUGGCUGCAGCGAAGAGGGUAUUGCGCUACCUGUGCAGUACGUCGGGCAUGGGGCUAGUGCUUGGAGGGCGCAGUCCAGUGGUCCUUACAGGCCACGCGGACGCUUCUUGGGCUGACGACCAGGCUACGCAGCGGUCGUCACGGGGUUACACCUUCAGCCUUGGUUCCGGCUCUGUCUCGUGGCGGUCUACUCGCUCGUCUUCGGUUCUCGGCUCCAGUUGUGAGGCUGAGAUCUACGCCGGGGCCAUGGCUGCACAGGAGCUUCGCUGGCUCACCUACCUGCUGACUGACCUUAGAGAGCCGCCUCGUUCUCCUCCAGUGCUGUACGUAGACAACAAGGCCAUGCUGGCCUUGUGUCGAGAGCAGCGCUUGGAGCACAGAACGAAACACAUUGCUCUCCGCUACUUCCUUGCUCGUGAGCUGCAGCAGCGUGGUCAGUUGCGACUUGCGUACGUGGCCUCUGAGGCCAACACUGCUGAUGUGUUCACCAAGGCACUUGCGCCUUGUGACCAUCAGCGCUUUUGUACCCAGCUGGGUCUUGUGCCUGUCUUGCCUCACUUGCUCUCUUCUUGA